AUGAGCACAGCCACAGGGGGGAGCCGGGCAACAUGGACCAGUUCGCUGGCGAUGUGCUGGAGUCUAAUAAUACUGGGCGCACUUGGCGCAGCUGGUUGGCAAUUGCCGGCCCCACAGGACAAAUCGCAGGCUUCCAGGUUCCAAGGCUGGCUUCAAGGGCACUGCGGCGCCUUUUGGGACGCGUUGUUUGGACAUGAGCAUCUCGAACAAAGGCAGGAAGCGCUCGUUGAAGGCGUGCUAGUCGUCGACCCAAAAGAUCCCCCUCCCCCUCCACUGCCUCAUCGUGAUUAUCCUUGUCGAUCUGGGCGGCGGCCAAAUCGGCGGCUAGAAUUGUGA